UUUCAACGUACAAUACAUACAUAUUGGUAUACAUACAUUUAAUAUUUAUAUUUAGUGUACGUUGAAAGAUGAAAUAUUUAGAGAAAUAUUCAAAAUAAUAAAAGUGUCCGGAAUUAGGUACAUGUCCGGGCAUUGGGCAUUUACCUUACAGAGGUAUCGUGAAAGAGCGAUUGCUCCGCCCCAAGCGCUCCGAGACCCUGACUCCCUAUCUCACAUGCCGUCCCGGCGCGCUCUCGAAUAUGUGCUAUAACUUCGUAAAUAUUUCAUAUUUCGAUUUCUCGAUUUGCCAGUAUACUCUCAAUAUAUUAUACUUUUGAAAUAUAUGAAAAAAAAAAUCGAUUUUUGUAAAGAGUUUUCCCCCCUUAAAAAGAGGGAGGGAUGUUAUAAUAUAACUAUUUUAAUAACGAUGUCGAAACGCCUUCAACGAUGUCGAAACGACUUCAACGACAUCGCAUUGCUUCAACAAGACGUAAGUGCACGCGCUGCAGAAAAGCACCGUGUUGCAUAUUCCGAAUUACGUAAUCCUUCAGGCAACCACUAAGGUUGUCAACCCACUCCCCUUAACAUUUCGGAUAAUAUAGAAGAAUAGAAUCAGCCAACCCAAGAGACUUGUUCAUUCGUUGGUAUGCGCACGAUACGCACGUAAAUAGUAUUAUCAAGAACUGCGUUCUGAUGUCACCACGGACAUAACAGCUUUUAUAUUUGAGUAAAUAGUGGUCAAAUGAUGAAAAAUACAAACAUUUUUUAAAUCAGAAUUUUAUGAUCUAAAAUUUACUUUACAGUAGUGUUUUAUAAUUUGUAAAAAAUAUUAUUACCUUUUAAUAUGCGUCUUUUACUUACAAUAUUUUAAGAACGUUGAAUUCUUGAUGAUUAAAUACAGAAAUAAUGGUUUUAUGUCCCAUAUAAAAAAAGUAUGUUCUAAAAUUAAUCCACGGAUAACGUGGAUAUUAAACGAUUGAGUGUACAGUGUUUAUCCAAGAGAACAAUGAAUAAGAAUAUUUAUACCAAUAUCCUUAGAUAGCAAAAUAUCCGUUAUCCGUAGAUUAUCUCUUAUUCGCAGAUAUCUAGAUGAUAUCGUCAGUAUUGGAUUACUAGAGCGGAAAAUGAGUUCAAAAUUUGCGAAAUCCGAGAAUUAUAUUCAUAGGAUACUUGGUUUCAUCUAUCUUUAAUAUGCCCGCCAUUUACAUGUCCGUGUAAUUUAUUUAUAACAUAUGUGUCAAUUAAACAAAAAUCAGCUACUCUUUUAAAUUAUAAUCGAGUAUUAUAGAUUAAAGUAAAUGAACACAGUAAAUGAAAUAAUAAAUAAUCGCUAUAUUUAUAACAAUAUUGAUGUAUUAAGUAUAUAAUCCGCAAACAAACGAUGUACAGAUGAAAAUUAUUUUCUAAUAAUAUCACUAUGCGAGGGAGUAUCCUCGCAAUUUUUAACUAUAUAACCUGUAUUCGUAACUCGCAGAGGUAACGUUAGUAAGCGUAUUUUCUCGUUUGUUGUGCUCUUACUUUUUACAAAUAUGUAUGGAAAUGGAUUGUGAUUCUUAAUUCCAUUCUCUGUACAUUAAUCAUUAUACAUAUACUUUAUGUAGUCGGCAGAUUCUUUCGAGUCUCGCCGCUCAUAGUGUGUAUAUAAGAGGUACCGAGAAAUAAAAGGUAUCUUUUAAAAAUAAUUUUAUUGCUUUAUUGCAUCCUACAGCGUUCUACUGCUGAAGUUGCAAGUGCUUCGAAGACAAAAAUUUUGUCUCGAAGGAGGAUUGAGUCUAGAAUUUGCCUUGAAAGCAAGAGCUUUGUAUCAUAAAGGCGAUCUAGAACUCAUUUAGAACUGUCUAAAACCUCUUGAUAGUGGUUUUUCCACUGGGGGUAUAGACAAAGUGAGCGUAACACUUGUAUGUGUUACUUAUAUAUCGCAGUACACCAUUUUUCGACGUAAGUACAUAUAGUACGUUGUACAUAUUGCUAUGUCGUGUACUAUGAUAACGCACUAGCGAGACAAGAGCAAAGUGCAGAAAAACGCUAUCAUAACGUACCUAUCUAAAGAUACGACUUACUUGCGCAUCAGGUAUGCAAGCAUCAUAUGUACUACGUUCGUUGUUAUGUAACUGAUAAGCGGACUAGUUUGCCACAUUGUUAUAUAUAGCGAUGAUUUAUGUUUUCAUUUACUAAAACUUCUCCUGAAACGUCUCUCAUAUGAUAUUUACUAAAGAUACGCGUACGCGUGGAUGGCGUGCAUAUUUCCAAUUAAUUUUUGAAAAAUAGUUUUUCUAAAUAUACUUUUUUAUUGAAUUGAAUAUACUUUCUUUAAAUUAAAUUUGACAUAAAAUAUUAUAUAAUAAUAUAAAAUAACAUUUAAUUUGGUAAUAAACCAUUUCAAUCUUCUUAAAAAAAGUUGUAAGUGAUAGAGAUAUUUUAACAACAAAACUUUUAGGAAAAUUCUGUGAAGUAAAUUUAAGGCAUAAAACUUCUGUUUAUAAAAUUGUUUUUUUCUUUGUUUUGUUGUGCUUGUGGUGAGAUCGGGCAGGGGGUUAAUAAUUAGGCUCUGGUACACAGGCACGGAUAAAGACAAAGGUGGCCAUGAGUGAAGGAAUCUUGAAAUAAAUAUCUUACAACUUUAUUCAACUGUUGUUCUUCUUCUCCUUGGCUUAUAGUCUGGCUUAUAGUUUGGCUGACACUCGCUUCGUUCGCGGGUUCCGGUUACAAUUUAGUCGACGCUCGCUUAGUUCGCGAGUCGCGUUUAUAAUUACUGAUAUUAUGUAUCGUGCGCGUACUUCGACUAGACAAGUUCUCUUUGAGUGGUUGGUUCUACUCUUUUAUAUUAUCCGCGUAAUUAGGUUACCGGUUGAUACCAGUGAUUACUUAACGGAUUACGUAUUUAUCAAAAGUGUAACGCGAUGCUGUUCUGCAAAGCGUGCACUUUUGCUUUUUUGCAGCGUUUGUAAUUCUACUUUCUAUAAUUCGAUCAAAGUGUUAUUGGAACAAUGGCACACUACAACAUCCCUCCCCUCUUUUAAAAAGAAAACGAAGUAUUUACGACAUUUUUGCUAUUUUGUGCUCGUUCUUAGCCUAUGUAUUUUUAUUUUUCCCGUUUACAGUUUAUUAUAAUUGUUUAUACUUAUUUCUAUUUUACAGACUUAUUUUCCGGGUACAGUUUUAUUUUACAAUCGUUUAUUAGUGUUCGUGUAUUUUUAAUUUAUACUUGAAACUGUAACUGUGUUUAUUUUACUGUAACUAUGUUUACUACUUCAUGUAACUUGGUUUCAUAUAGUCACGUCCCUGCAAGGUUCUGUGACGCACACGACGGGAGCGGCUCCGCCGUGAUGAGUUUUUAGGUGGUCGAGUGUCGAGUUUCCGUAAAAGCUUGCCUUUACAGGGUAUUUUAGACUGGGUCGACGGGAUAGAUGGACGAAUAAUAGGAGGUAACGAAAGACAAAUAAGGUACUUAGAAAUAACAAAAAGAAUUUAUUAAUAAUCACGCGGUACACUAUCAGGACAUCUUCGAGAUGGCAAUGUUCUACACGCGGGCGCUAUCGGAGGGCGGUACGCGUCGAAUCGCUUGGGUCUAGUUACAAUGAUGAGUAGUUGCGACUUACAUUUGCUGCGGUCGAUGAAAAUUUUCGAUAAAUCGUCUGUAGUAUCCGGCUAAUCCUAUGAAGGAUAUGCUUAAUAUUUGUAGGUACUGGAAAAUUUGUUACGGCAUCUAAUUUCUUUGGAUCUGGAAAAAUCCCAUUUUCUGAAAUUAUAUGUCCCAGAUAUAUUACUUCUUUUCGAAGAAAUUCGCAUUUAUCCGGCUGUAGUUUUAGGUUGUAAUGUUGUAUUCUUUGUACUACAUAAGUCUUUUGUUAUGAUUUUUGAUACUAUUACCAUAGAUGACAAUAUCAUCUAAAUAUGCUAAGCAUUUGAUUCCUUGUAGUCCAGCUAAUACGGAAUUCAUUAAUCUUUGAAAUGUCGCUGGUACGUUCUUUAGUCCAAAAGGCAUUCGAUUGAAUUCAUAGUGUUCUGUUGGUGUUGAGAAAGCAGUUUUAUUUUUAUCUUGUUCCGUCAUUGAUAUUUGAUCAUAUCCGGAAGCUAAAUCCAGAGUGGAAAAAUACUUGGCGUCUCCUAAUUGAUUUAAAAUAUUGUUGAUAUUUGAUAUUGGGAAGGAGUUUCCUAUUGUUAAAUCAUUUAAUUUUCUAAAAUCGACCACUAUUCGUAGUUUAGUUUUUCCCGAUGGGUGCGUUCUUUUAGGCAUCGGAUGCAGCAGUUCUUGCAGUAAUUCGUUCUUUUAGCACGACUGCGCAGUCGACUGCAGCGCAGAUUGUCGUUCUUUCAGCAAUGGAUGCGCAGUGGAUUCGCAGACGAUUAGAAUUAGCUGCGCAGCCGGCUGCGGACUGCGUGAUUGUGAAAAAGGCGGACAAGUAUAAAAAUAUUGCAAGUAAAAUUAAAAUUUAUUAAAAUGUGCGAUCAAAACGUAUAUUUUUAUGUAUCGCCGUCGGGUGAAAAAUGUAUCAUUGACGCUUCAAAAGCACAAGAGUUCCUGAAUUCUAAUAUGAAGGAUGUACAGACGACUGGCAAGAAUCUUGCUUACAAUGCAGAAAAAUCAAUUAUAUUGGAACCUGCAGAAUACAUUGCAAAUAAUUUUGAUACUUCGGCGAGUUCAAAUCCUUUUCCUUCUGCUAAGAUAUUCCAAGAGUCAUCUUUUGAAUUUCAUACUGCCAAAAGAAAGUCAGAUAAUAUACUGAAUAAUUGGUCACCUGCAGAAGACUUGCAUUUGAUGACCUUUUUAGAGAUUCAAAAUGCAAAAAGACUAAAUAUUGGGAAAAAAUAAAUGUAGAAUUUAAAAAACAUGGAUAUAUGCAUUCUGCUGCUGAUUUGCAAGCAAAAUGGAAAAAUCUUUUGGUGACAUAUAACAGAAAUGUGGAUAAGAUGAAGAAGUCUGGAGAAAGUGCAAUUACUUGGGAAUAUUUUGGAUUAAUUCAUGCAGUCCUUGGUCGCAAAAAAAAUGUCUGCCCAUUACCAGAAACCUUGGGAUCUACAUUUUACAUCCCAAGAAAUCCAAUCUAUUCUGCAACAAUUUGUAAUAUUACUGAUAAAAGUCUAUUAGCGGUUCAUAAUGCUGAUCUUCUAAGUGAUAGUGAUACAACACAAUGCUUCGAUGAAAUUGAAUUCACCUAUCAAUACAAUAUUUGAUAAUAGUCCAUCUAGCAAACAAAAACUUAAUAAUAAGAGAUCUCGUGAAGAUAAACUGCAACAAUUUAAAAAAAUUAGGUGGGAAGAAAAAAAGGAAAUAGAACGAAAUAAAAUAGAUGCAAUAAAUAAUCUUGCAGCUGCAUUGAAAGAAUUUAAAAAAUGACUUUGAAAAAUAAUAUCUAAAAUGAUAUCUAAAAUAUGACUUUUAUAUUACUUUUUACUUUAUACAUUUUAAAUAUAAUUAUUUUUAAAAACUUAU